CGGUACAAGCGCCUGAAAAAAGUUGAGACCCUUAACCCCUUAUUCUCUCCCAAGUAUCUCUCUCUCUCUCUCUCUCUCUCUCUCUCUCUCUCUCUCUCGUCCUCUUCCUAGGAAAUAGGAAUCAUUCUUAUAUCUUGCUCCAUGCCCUCUGAUCUCUCAUUCCAUCCCUUCUCCGCCUUUGAUUUCCCUCCGUCCUACGGUUGAUGAGUCCCGGAAAGUUUCCGUUUCUGGGUUGCCGAUGGACGUUCCUCGCCGUUCUCUCGCUGCCGCUCUUUCUCCUCUCCGGCUCAUCGACGGCUUCCCCCGUCGGACCAGCUUCUCCUAUGACAUGAUUCCCGAGGAGCCGAUCAAGCUCCAUGUUCUCAAGCUGGAUGGAUCUUCCUUCGAUAUCAAUGUGCUGAAGAUAGCCACCGUACGGGAGCUCAAGAUGGCCGUGGAGGAUGCCUUCAGCCACAUUCCGAACACAGGCCCCGGCAAGGUUUCAUGGCCACAUGUCUGGGCACAAUUCUGCUUAUGCUAUGAAGGCCACAGGCUAAUCAACGAGACUGAUUACAUCGCAGAAUUUGGCAUUAAGGACGGCAAUCAGCUUAAGUUUAUCCGGCAUAUCUCAAACCACUGCUUCCUGACGAAGAAGCAGGCGAAGACACGGAUAUCUUCUCCUAGACAUCAACCGAAACUGUUCUCGCCCACUCCGAAAGCACGGAGAAAGAAGGGAGGAGGAUUCCGAGAAGACGGUGGCGAGACCAUCACACGGAUCAAACCGAGCUUUCUUGCAACAACCGUGGGCGGUUUGAUCUCUUACGGUUCGAUGCCUGGAUACAGGGGAACCAAACACAAGUCCGAGGUUACUUCGUCUUCUCCGAAAAAACGCGGUUUUCUGAAAAAAAUGGUGAUGAGGUUCGGGUUCAAGUGCUAUUCGGAGAAUGAUGUGUGGAACAGGAGACUCAUCUCCCAAACAUAAAAAAAAAAAAAAAACCCUCUGCUUCUUCUUCAUGUGUUUUUUUUUUGUAAGAAAUUUUGUUGACUUCUGAGUUAUGGUUAGUGUCUUUAUCUAAUACUGAAAACUUCACACUGUGCAAAUAAGGAAACGUUUGUUUGGCGUA